UUUGGAGAAGAAAAGCCCUAAGAUGGCAGGCAAAGGAAGUAGCAGAGCAAACUCCAUGUCCUGCAGUGUACUGAACUGGGAGCAGGUCAGCCGUCUGCACGAGGUUCUUACAGAGGUGGUUCCGAUCCAUGGCCGGGGGAACUUCCCGACCCUGAAGAUAACUCUGAAGGAUAUUGUUCAGACGGUGCGGAGCCGGCUGAGCGAAGCAGGCAUUGUGGUCCACGAUGUCCGUCUGAACGGUUCUGCAGCUGGUCAUGUCCUGGUCAAGGAUAAUGGGUUGGGAUGCAAAGACCUGGAUCUCAUUUUUCAAGUUUCUCUUCCAAGUGAGGCAGAGUUUCAGUUAGUUCGAGAUGUGGUCCUGCGAUCCCUCUUGAACUUCCUGCCGGAAGGAGUAAGCAAGCUGAAAAUCAGUCCUGUAACACUGAAGGAAGCCUACAUCCAGAAGCUGGUCAAAGUCUACACGGAGACUGACCGUUGGAGCUUGAUAUCGCUUUCCAACAAGCAUGGCAAAAAUGUGGAGCUCAAGUUUGUAGACUGCAUACGACGGCAGUUUGAGUUCAGUGUGGACUCGUUCCAGAUCAUUCUGGACUCCCUGCUCUUUUACUAUGACUACUCAGAGACC